AUGUUUGAAAGUUUGAAGAAAGGUGUAGCAUUGUUUCGAAGCAUAUACAAAGGAGGGAUCGAAGCCGAGUAUGAUGAUAAUAAUCAACUUGAUGACAAUCAUCUACUUGAUGAUAAUCCUUUACUUGAUGGUAAUGCUAUACUUGACGAUGAAGAUCUAGAAGAUGAUGCAUUUGUUGAACCAGAAUAUCAAAGAUCACAUACACCUGUACCAGAAAAAGAAGUAGAGUAUUCACAACAACAACAACAACCACCACUAAAACCACGUACCAACUACAAAGAAGAUGAUUUACAAGAGGAAUUUGAAUGGUUCAAAGAGACUUUCGAUGCCCACAUGGAGUUAUUCAAGAAGUUUGAAGCAAAAGAAUCUAUUGAAGCCAUUGAAUCACCUGAAGAGUUGGAAAUCCACCAGAAGUUCAAUAGAUUUCUUCAAACAAGAUUGAUUUAUGUCCACAAGUUGAAUAACAAGAAGAAAAAACAACCAGAAAGUGUCGGUCGUAUCCCAUUAUUCAAUAACCUAACGGACUUGGACAAACGUGCAUCCAAGUCUUACUAUUUUGUUCAAGACACAACCAUUUUUGAAUGUAAAUGCGCUAACAAGGGGAAUUGUACUGCUUGCAAAUGCAAGUUAUAUAAUAAUGGUUGUACUUCUCAAUGUAAAUGCCCAUGUCGGGAUCUAUUCAAAGAGAAAUGGACUAUUUUAAAUAAUACAAACUCAGAAGAAUUGUCGAAUCGAAUAACCUAUGAAAUGGAUAGCAGCAAUGCAUCAGCACGUAGCAAAAACAUCGAUCAACCAUUAACUCCUAGUCAAUCAAAGGAAUCACAGCCGCCUCCAUCAUCAUCAUCAACAACAACAACUACAUAUUCAACUUCUAGAAGAAGAUACAAUGAAGAAGAAGAUGAUGAUAAUGAUGAAGAAAAAGAGGCUGAUACACCAAGGAGAAAAAAGAAACAAAAGAAAAAUCAAAGAAAGAGCCAGCCAGUUACAAUAAUUGAUGAAGAUAACGAACAAUUCCAACAUCCUAUUCUUUCUAAUACAUCUUCAUCAACAACUCCCACCACCGCCACCACUUCCUCUUCAAGCUUUGGAUCCAGUCUGCUUCGUUUGUUCACACCCUCCCACUCGCAAACAUCGACCACAUCAUCAUCAUCAUCAUCAUCAUCAUCAUCAUCAUCAUCAUCAUCAUCAUCGACAACAUCUACCACAUCUACCUCAAAUCAAACCAAUGCAGUAGAAACUGAGUACAAUCAAAUUGUUGGAAGAAUGGUUGAUUUUGAGACUUGGAAGCGUGGGUUUCUAUCAACAAUGCCACAAGGAUUAUCUCCACAAGAUAGGCUUAGCUUUAUUCAAGAACAGUUAGAACAAGAGGAAAUACAGUUGGUUGACAACACCAAGUUGUUUACCUAUAAACAAUUGGAGAAUUUCUUUUAUAUUGCCUUUUUUAUGGGUCUUGUCAAACUCCCACGGGCGGAAGACCAUUGGAAUAGAAAGAGCCCUUUCCAUCCUCCAUCUGUUAUCCGCCCAUUAAUGUCAAGAAAAAGAUUUAAGUCCAUCCUCAAAUUCCUUCACUAUGACGAAGAUUCCGUCAUUCAAAUGAUUGAAAAAAAUUCAAACAACCACUAUAUCCCAUCAUUACGUUUAUCAAUCGAUGAAUAUAUGGCCCCUUAUAAAGGCUUGGUAAGGUUCAAGCAGUAUGAACCAGAUAAACCACACAAAUUUGGAUUAAAGUAUUUCGUUUUAUCUGACUCAAAUGGUUUUAUAUUGACCCAAUGGCUUUACAGAGGUAGUGAUGAAUCUACAACAAAAUCUGUAACAAUAGAUCCAUCUGUGGUUAGUUCUUUUCCACCAAAUAGUCCUCUUAAAAUCCCAAUCGAAUUUGCAGAGUGGGUCAGACAAAAAGUAGCUACAGAUGAUAGACCAUUGAGUCACUAUUUGUUUGCAAUGGAUAACUAUUACACAUCAUUACAAGUUGCCACUGUAUUAUCAAACUUUAGUCAAAACAUCAAUUCCAACAACGACGAUAACAAUCCCAACAAUAAGAUUCAUUAUGUAAUGACUGUAAGGUCCAUUAGACCAACGUACCUUUUCAAAGAUGGUUUAGGACGCAUGGUACAAAAGGACAACAAGAAAAAGUUGGCUGCUAUAGCAUUUCCAAAAGAAGACUCUGGUAUUCCCCAGGACAUUUGUGCCACCGCCAUCAAUGACAGCAAAGUAACAUAUUUUUUAUCAAAUGCCUGUAAUCCAUAUACAUUAAAAGAAGGAAAACUCACAAAGCUCGAUGUGCAGACUCAAUACAAUGCAACUACCCACGGAGUCGAUCUGUCAGGACAACUAUCAUCAAAUUGUCGGUCAUAUCCCCAUCGAAAAAGCAAAUACACACAUGUUAACAUAUUUGCGCAGUUGGAUCGUGCAAUGGUGAAUGCAUAUUGCAUCUUCAAAUCCCUUGAAGGCAAUAGCACAUACCGAUUUUGUGAUUUCACUCAAAACGUGGUAAGAGAUAAGCUUGGCUUGCAGGAGCCUAUUCAAAAACAAUUGGAACACUUGAAUCCAAUUACAUCAAAAGUAUUCCAGGAUCAAAGAGAUAGGAUUAAACAACUGGAACAAGAAUUGGCUACACAAUCCACAUACGUAACCAGUGGAAAUGGAGGCCAAUAUGCUCCCACUUCUGCUGCUGCUCCUCAAACUGUAGUCCACGCAUUGGUUCAAGGUGAUCUAAAUCCUUGUCAGUAUUGCAAAGUCCUUGAUGUAAAGCGUAGAACAAGAACCACCAAGACUUGUUGCCAAUGUAAAGUUAACUUUCACGAUGAAUGCUAUCUUAUAGCACAUCUCCCAGAAAACAAACUGCUUCUAUCGGCAAUAGUACAUCAACAUCAACAACAACGACAAGGAUAA